AUGGACACCCGGCUGGCGUCACGAACCUCGACUCCGAAGCACCCCAAUCCAGCGUCGACCAAGUCGUCAUCUGAGACACAAUCGACUCAGGAACCACCAAAUAUCCCCAGCUACGCACAAGCCUCCAAGGAUUACAAACGUCGUGGGGAUCCCAACGACUUUUCUAGACGCAAUGCCCUUAUUGACAUCGCGACAUUUACCGGAAUCACGGAGACGGAUCUGAUGAAAAUUCUUUUCGAUCGAUUCCCCAUUGACUUCCUAGAAACGUUCGGACACCAGGGUAACUGGUUGACGGGCUUGCUCUUUGACGUCCAGCGUGAGAGAGGUCGCACAUAUACAGACGAAAUCGGGCGAUGGCUCAAAGAGUGGCUGGCCCGUUUAAGAGUUUAUACGUACCACCCGCGGUGGCCGGGGAUACUCGUCAACAGGGAAGAAUUGCAGAGAGAAAAUGCGCGGUUGGAACAGAGAAGACUUGCAACAUUGGCGGCUACUACUCAGAACAAGGUGAAUAUCGGCGACGAGAGCAGUAAGGACGAACUACCAGCGAAUGUUGGCAACCAGGAAGUCUGGCAUGUAAAGCGUGCGGACCCCCGCGUACGCUCCAUAUAUCACAACUGGUACAAUAGCGCAAAAUGGAGCCCCCCAGCGCGAGGCAUGGGGCUUGAUCUGGAUCCCACCCUGAUCGUCGACAUCCAUCUUUUCGGCGGGAGAGGCGACCAUGAGCCCAAAGAUUAUGGCGGACAGAGGGUGCACUGUGGAGCUUGCAAUGCAGUGUUUACUGAUUUGCAGACAUGGUUCAAACACGCAGAGGCGUACCGUGGAUGGGUACAGUGUCCGUGGGAAUUUGUCGAGGGUAAACAUAAUUGUGGGCCAAAGGUGCAAAGGUACCGCAAAUUUGCCGUCCCGCCACCACUUCCCAGACUGUACAACGACUGGGAAGAGUUCAUCAAUCAUAUUCAUGAAAUGCAUCCAACCAUACCGAUUCGAUGGCCCAACUGGCAUCCCACGGUAGCGGCCGCUUGGUGGCGUCAUGUCCAACCGGGGCCAUACCUACACAUGAACAUCAUCCUACGUGAUGAGCGUAAGCCCACUGAUACCCUUCCUGAAGGCAGUGAGUUCCGCCUUCAAGAAGACCAUAUUUGUAUCCAACACCAUCUCCGUCCGGAGAACUUCGAAACACCGGAAGGCUGUAAACCUAAGCUCCACAAAAACACCAAUACGCCCAAUGGCUACGUGGGCUUUGCCUCCCCCGCAGACGGCGAUAUCAACAUCAACCGGCUGGUCGACAUCGGCACCAUACAUGCCAAGGGGGAGAGCAGCGGAGACUCCGAGGGUUCGGCAGACACCGCCACCGACACGGCCGCCACCCGCAUCCACCGUUGA